UAUGAAAUCCUACAGUUCAUUCAGCUGCAGAAAGAGGGAAGGAAUUGGGAGGGAUGUGAUGUUAAUUUCCUAUUAGGCUAAAUGUAUUUCUGUUCUGCAUCACCUCUUUUAGGCUCAGGAGACUGAGAAGCUUCAUACAGCCAGAAAGGAGGAAUGAAGUGGCCCUGCUCCAGGUGCCCAGCGAUGGAGGAAGCCAGAUCAUCAAGGAAGACGUGCACCCAGAGGAGGGGCGAUCUGCCCACCGUGAUGGAGGGGAUUCGCCCUCCUAGGGGUGCCAUCAGGGGUGCCCGAUCCUCUAGGAGGUGCCAUCGCCUCAGGAAGACCAGAAAAGUGGCCCCGCUCCAGCGGGAGAAGCAGCCUGUGACUCCAGGUGAGGAAGUGCCCCCCCGCACCAUUUUGGGAAAGUCAGGGCAGGAAAAGGCUAGGGGGGCAGCUCAGGGUAUAGGAUUUGUGGGGGAAGGAAGCUAGUAAGAAAAAAAGUCAAAAGAGACAGGCUGCUGGAUCUGGCAGGAGGCCGAGGCAGCUGAUAGGGCAGGGCAGGGGGACAGUGGUCAGCUAGUGGUCAGCUGACUGUCCCCAAAGGCCUGGGGUUUGCCACCCCUGUAGGAGGAGUGUAGAAGCAGGGAAAUCAAGGAGAAGAUUAUUAGAAUAAUCUUGGAAGCUGCAAAGGGACAAACUAACCUGUCCCCAUGUCCUUCUCUUGUUGCAGUUGUGACAAAGCUCUUCAAGACCUUCCCAGAGUUUGAGGUUAGUAGUAGGGGAAACAAAAGAGGAGGGACUGGAUCCCCCAAACCCUCUGCCCGCUGACUGUGGUCUUUGCCCCCAAUUCUGCAGUCUCUGAAUCCUUCCACCCCCACCCUCCAAGAGGCUCCCAAAGCACCUAAUGCAAAUAAUGUGGCGUGUGUCCCUGGGGUGUCAGGAUGAUGCCAGAGGCGUGUCCUGCCCUCUUCCCUGGUGCUGCCCUUCCACCUCUGCCCAGGAGGCUGCAGGGCCCAUGGAGGUCCUCUGGGGCAAGGGAUGGGGCCCAAGCCUGAGGGAGGCCAGUCUUUCCUGGCUUGGGCCUGCUUGUGGGCUCCCUUGCACCCGUCAAUGGUGGGUUUUGUAGUUUCACCAAAGGCGUCUCAUCCAGCUUUCUCUUUCCUCUGCAGAAGGCAAUAGCCCAACGACACCAGUCCCGUAUUCAGCCAGCUCCUGAAGAAGGUAAAUGAAUCUCCAUACCUUGGGACUUUUCACUUAGUAGCUUUAUGGUUCAUGCCCGAGAAUGACCUCUCAGGCCUUCUUACUGUGCCUUGCAGGCCUUUUUCACUUCACCUCAUAGGCAGGGCCCUGACUGACUCCAGCUACAAAAGCUGAGGUGGUUGAACCCUUGGGUUUGGGUAUUGUUUGGCAGGCUUUGUUGAGAGAGACUGUUAAUUCAGUCUCUCUUUUUCAUUCUCUUCCAGAGGACCUGCUUAUUGAAGACCUAGAAUGAGCUUCUGGUGUGCUGCCCUCAGAGACGGGUCGAGGGAAGGUGCUCUGCUAUGGUGGAUCACACCCUACCGUGGAAAAAAGGAGUUAGGGGAGAACGAGGGCGACAAGAUUGAGAUUGAGAUUGAGAAGAGCCAGGAGAGGGAGAGGCAAGACGACGCGAGAUCACCUCGAGAAUUGGGAGGAAAGAAACGCAGGAAGGUGAAUGAAGGCGGGGAAGGAGGGAGAAAGGAUUGAAGAGGUGAAAAUGGCGGGGACAAAAGGCUGGCUGUUGACUCACCCUUACCGCGCGAGGAAGAAACUGGAAACAACGGAAAAAAUUAGUCCCAUUGGGGAUGAUGUCUAUUUAGAACUUUAAAAAAUAUUAGGAGCCUCAUUAAGAAAAAAAACAGAGGCUUUUUCCCCCUUCAAGAUAAUCUUUAUUGGUUUUUUAGUUACAUACUGUACAUACACAUAUUGCAUUACAUUUUACAUUUAUACUUGCUCCUAGGAGCUGACUUCCCUUCUUCCUUCUUCUGGC